UGGGGCCCUUCUACCUCUUCUGUCUUUUCUUUCCCACACCUCCAGCUGCUCUGAAAUUGUCUCCCUACCUGGAUCUUUCAGGGUGCCCCGGGGUGGAGUCAAUAGGACCACUAUACUCUGAUCCUGACAAGGCUCCGGGGAGCUGCUGACCUGGGAUGUCGGUGUUCCGGCUGGGUGACCAUGUGUGGCUGGACCCUCCCUCCACCAGCAAGGCUGGGGUGUCCAUCGGGGGCGUUGUCAAAGAAACAAAAGUGGGGAAGAUCUUGAUUGAGGAUGAUGAGGGCAAGGAACACUGGAUCUAUGCAGAAGACCUCAGCGCCCUCAGGCCCAUGCACCCCAACUCAGUCCAAGGAGUGGAUGACAUGAUCCGCCUCGGGGACCUGAACGAGGCAGGUGUGGUACACAACCUCCUGAUCCGAUACCAGCAGCACAAGAUCUAUACCUACACCGGCUCCAUCCUGGUGGCUGUGAACCCGUUCCAGAUGCUGCCCCUGUAUACGCUGGAGCAGGUACAGCUCUACUACAGCCACCACAUGGGGGAGCUGCCUCCCCACGUCUUUGCCGUGGCCAACAGCUGCUACUUCAACUUGAAGAAGAACAAGAGGGACCAGUGCUGCGUCAUCAGUGGCGAGUCUGGGGCUGGGAAGACUGAGACCACCAAGCUCAUCCUUCAGUUCCUGGCUACAGUCAGCGGCCAGCACUCAUGGAUUGAGCAGCAGGUCCUGGAGGCCAACCCCAUCCUGGAAGCCUUUGGCAACGCCAAGACCAUCCGCAAUGACAACUCCAGCCGCUUCGGCAAGUACAUCGACAUCCACUUCAACUCCAGCGGGGUGAUCGAGGGCGCCAGCAUCGAGCACUUCCUCCUGGAGAAGUCAAGGGUCUGCCGGCAGGCUGCAGAGGAGCGUAACUACCACAUUUUCUACUGCAUGCUGAUGGGGAUGAGCCUGGAGGAGAAGAAACUGCUGGGUCUGGGCAUGCCCUCUGAGUACCACUACCUGACCAUGGGGAACUGCACAUCCUACGAGGGGCUCAGUGAUGCCAAGGACUACGCACACGUUCGCUCAGCCAUGAAGAUCCUCCAUUUCUCAGACUCCGAGAACUGGGACAUCAGCAAGCUGCUGGCAGCUAUCCUCCACCUGGGGAACGUGGAGUUUAUGGCUGCAGUCUUUGAGAACCUGGAUUCCUCUGAUGUGAUGGAGACGCUGGCCUUCCCCUUCGCAGCGAAGUUGCUAGAGGUGCAGCACCACGCUCUCCGGGACUGUUUGAUCAAACACACAAUCCCCAUCCGUGGAGAGUACGUCUCCAGGCCCUUGAACAUUGCACAGGCUGCUGACCGGAGGGAUGCCUUUGUCAAGGGCAUCUAUGGGCAGCUCUUCCUGUGGAUUGUCAAGAAGAUCAAUGCUGCAAUCUUCACCCCACCAUCCCAGGAUCCCCAAAAUGUGCGGAGGGCCAUUGGUCUUCUGGACAUAUUUGGCUUUGAAAACUUCCAGAACAAUAGCUUUGAGCAACUCUGCAUCAACUUCGCCAACGAGCACCUUCAGCAAUUCUUCGUGAAACAUGUGUUCACCAUGGAGCAGGAGGAGUACCUGUCGGAGAACAUCUCCUGGGACUACAUCCACUACACUGACAACCAGCCCAUCCUAGACAUGCUGGCCUUCAAGCCCAUGAGCAUCAUCUCCCUCCUCGAUGAGGAGAGCCGCUUCCCACAGGGCACAGACGUCACUAUGCUGCAGAAACUGAACGGCGUCCAUGCCAACAACAAGUUCUUCCUGAGACCCAAGAACAUCCACGACACCAGAUUUGGGAUUGUGCACUUUGCGGGUGAGGUGCACUACCAGGCAGGAGUCCAGGGUCCCAGCCAGAGAAUGGUGCCACCCACACCAUCAGACUCCACCAAGCGCCCGCUCACCCUCGCAGGCCAGUUCAAGCAGUCGCUGGACCAGCUGAUGAGAAUCCUUACCCACUGCCAGCCCUACUUUAUCCGCUGCAUCAAACCCAAUGAGUACAAGAAGCCGCUGCUGUUUGACCGAGAGCUGUGCAUUAAGCAGCUGCGUUACUCCGGCAUGAUGGAGACUGUGCACAUCCGCAAGUCAGGUUUCCCCAUCCGAUACACGUUUGAAGAGUUCUCACAGAGGUUCCACAUGCUGCUGCCCAGCCCUGAGAGAGUGCAGUUUCAAGACAAGCACCGCCAGAUGACCUUGCGCAUCGCUGACCUGUGCCUGGGGACAGACAAAGACUGGAAAGUGGGAAGGACCAAAAUCUUCCUGAAGGAUCAUCAGGACACAAUGCUGGAGAUCCAGAGGAGCCAGGCCCUGGAUGGAGCAGCUCUUUGCAUCCAGAGAGUCCUUCGGGGACACAAAUACAGGAAGGAGUUUCUGAGGCAGAGACAGGCAGCUGUGACCCUCCAGGCGCUGUGGCGAGGCCAUUGCCAAAGAAAGAAUUUCAAGCUGAUCCUAGUGGGCUUUGAGCGCCUCCAGGCCAUUGCCCGAAGCCACCUGCUAGCAAGACAGUUCCAGACAUUGCGGCAGAAGAUGGUGCAGCUGCAGGCCCGCUGCAGGGGCUACCUGGUGCGACAGCAAGUCCAGGCCAAAAAGAGGGCAGUGGUGAUCAUUCAGGCACAUGCCAGGGGCGUGGCUGCCCGGCGGAACUUCAGGCAACAGAAAACCCUUGUAGGCCACUUGGGACCUCAGGUCACGCCGGCUAAGGAGAAAAAGGGUCAAGGUGCUGUCCCUGAUAGGAAGCAGAAGUCCAUCUAUGACACUGUCACUGACACGGCGAUGGUGGAGAAAGUGUUUGGCUUCCUCCCAGCCAUGAUCGGAGGUCAGGAGGGCCCAGCCCCAACACGCUUUGAGGAUCUGGAAGUAAAGACCCAGAAACUGCCUGAGAUUGAUCUGGAUACAGUGCCCAUGAUGGAGAUGCCGGAAGAGGAUGUGGACGGCCUGUCCGAGUAUACCUUCCCCAAGUUUGCCGUAACUUACUUCCAGAAAUCAGCCAGCCACACCCACAUCCAGAAGCCUCUCCGAUACCCACUCCUCUACCACGAAGAUGACACUGACCACUCGGCAGCUCUGGCUAUUUGGACCAUCAUCCUGAGGUUCAUGGGUGACCUUCCGGAGCCAGUGGUCUAUGCCAGGAACAGCCUGAGUGGCAGCUCAGUGAUGCGGCUGGGCAAGGACAGCGGCCCUCGGGGUCCACAGCACAACAGAUCAGCACAGGUGGCCAGCCAGCUGAACAUUGGUGAAGAGGUGUUCAAGCACGAUGGCCCUGUCUCAGACAGACCCAUGACUAACCUGGAGAAGGUGCAUUUCAUCGUGGGCUACGCCAUCAUGCGUCCAGGACUCAGAGAUGAAAUCUACUGCCAGAUCUGCAAGCAGCUCUCCGAGAACUACAGAACAAGCAGCCGGGCCCGCGGCUGGAUUCUGCUCAGCCUCUGUCUGGGCUGCUUCGCACCCUCGGAGAGGUUCAUGAAGUAUCUGCUGAAUUUCAUUAGUCAAGGGCCAGCCAGCUAUGGGCCCUUCUGUGCUGAACGCCUGCAGCGCACCUUCAGCAACGGGGUGCGAGCAGAACCCCCUACCUGGCUGGAGCUACAGGCUGUCAAGUCCAAGAAGCAUAUCCCGAUCCAGGUCAUCCUGGCAACUGGAGGGAGCCUGACUGUCUCUGUGGAUUCCGCCUCCACAUCACAGGAGAUCUGCCAGCACAUCGCUCAGAAACAGGGCCUCAGGGACCGUCUGGGCUUCUCCCUCCAGGUCGCCGUGUAUGACAAGUUCUGGUCCCUGGGCAGCGGCUCUGACCACGUGAUGGAUGCUGUGGCCCAGUGCGAACAACUGGCCCGAGAGAGGGGCGAGAGCCAGCGCCAGUCGCCCUGGCGCAUGUACUUCCGGAAGGAGUUCUUCACCCCUUGGCAUGACUCCAGGGAGGACUCUGUGAGCACUGAGCUCAUUUACCACCAAGUCCUCCACGGAGUGUGGUCUGGCGAGUAUAACUUUGAGAAGGAGGAAGAGCUGGUUCAGCUGCUGGCCCGGCACUGCUAUGUGAAGUUUGGGGCCACAGUGAAGAAUGGCGCUGUCCAGGAGCUGUUGCCCAGCUGUGUUCCCUCCAAGCUGUACCGGACCAAGUCUCCAGAGAAGUGGGCUAGCAUUGUUAUCGCUGCCCAUGCCAAGGCCCCGUAUACCCAGUCGAAGGCCACCCCACUGGCAGUGAGGGAGCAGACAGUGGAGGCUGCCCGUUUUCUGUGGCCCCUGCUUUUCUCCCGACUAUUUGAAGUCACCACUCUCUCUGGCCCCCGCCUUCCCAAGACACAGCUGAUUUUGGCCGUUAACUGGAAGGGGAUGUACUUCCUGGACCAGAAGGAGAGGACACUGCUGGGGCUGUCCUUCGCAGAGGUCAUGGGUCUGGUCGCCAACAGGGACGCCCCAGGUGGACAGAAACUACUCCUGUCCACACUGCAUGAAGAGUACGAGUUCGUCUCCCCCAGCAGCGUGGCCAUCGCUGAGAUGGUGGCUUUGUUCCUGGGAGGCUUGAAGGAGAGGUCUGUGUUCGCCAUGGCCCUGCAGGACAGGAAGGCCACAGAUGAUGUCACCCUUCUGUCCUUCAAGAAAGGCGACUUACUGAUCCUGACCAAGAAACAGGGACUUCUGGCCUCAGAGAACUGGGUCCUGGGACAGAAUGACAGAACAGGCAAGACAGGGCUGGUGCCCACGGCCUGCCUCUAUAACAUCCCUUCAGUAACCAAGCCCUCAGCCCAGCUGCUGAGCUUGCUGGCCAUGUCACCAGAGAAACGGAAGCUGGCAGCCCAGGAAGUGCAGGCUGCAGAGCCACCGCCUGAGGAGGAGCUCACAGAGCCACCAUACACCCUGGAGGAAUUCUCCUACCAGUUCUUCAGGGUCCCAGAAAAGGAGACCAUCGGCAGGGCUGCAAUGCCCAUGGCCCGAAGCCGGGGCCAUCUGUGGGCCUACUCCCCAGAGCCGCUGCGCCAGCCACUGCUCAAAUGUGUCCAUGACAAAGUCAAACUGCGGGAUGCGGCCUGCCAGAUCUUCCUCGCCAUUCUCAAGUACACAGGCGACUACCCUUCCCGGCAGUCGUGGCACAGUGUGGAGCUCACAGACCAGAUGUUCUCCUUAGCCCUACAGGACCCAGCCCUUCAGGAUGAGCUCUACUGCCAGAUCCUGAAGCAGCUGACUCACAACUCCAUCAGGUUCAGUGAAGAGCGAGCCUGGCAGCUGCUGUGGCUCUGCACAGGCCUCUUCCCACCAGGCAAAACGCUGCUGCCACAUGCUCAGAAGUUCAUAGACUCCCGGAAGAAGAAGCCACUGGCUCCUGACUGCAGCCGCAGGCUGCACAGGGUUCUGAGGGUGGGACCCCGGAAGCAGCCUCCACAUCACGUGGAGGUGAAGGCUGCUGAACAGAAUGGCUCCAAGCUAUGCCAUGAGGUCUACCUCCCCAAUGACACCAGUAAGACAAUGGAGGUGGGCAGCAGCAGCCGGGUGCGAGACCUAUGUGAGGGCAUCACCACCAAGCUGCGGCUGGCCUCCUGGGAUGGCUGCAGCCUCUUCAUCAAGAUCACAGACAAGGUCAUCAGCCUGAAGGAAGGAGACUUCUUUUUUGACAGCUUGAGGCAGGUAUCUGACUGGGUCAAGAAGAACAGGCCCCAGAAAGAAGGGGCCCCCACAACCCUUCCCUACCAGGUGUUCUUUAUGCGGAAACUGUGGCUCAGUGUGAUCCCUGGGAAGGAUGUGAAUGCAGACACCAUACUCCAUUACCACCAGGAGCUGCCCAAGUAUCUGCGCGGGUUUCACAAGUGCUCCCGGGAAGACGUCAUCCACCUAGCAGGCCUCAUCUAUAGAGUCCAGUUUGGCGAUGACCGGUCUCAACUGGCUAGUGUCUCAAAGAUCCUGAAGGAACUGGUGCCUCAGAACCUCACGCGCCUGAUGUCCUCAGAGGAGUGGAAAAAGAGCCUGCUUCUGGAAUGUGACAAACACAAGCACAAGACGGCGGCAGAGGCCAAGGUGGAGUUCCUGAAGUGGAUCUGCCGCUGGCCUACCUUUGGGUCUGCCUUCUUUGAGGUGAAGCAAACCUCUGAGCCUUCCUACCCAGACAUUCUCCUCAUCGCCAUUAACCGCCAUGGAUUACUGCUCAUCCACCCCAAGACCAAGGAACUGCUGAACACCUACCCUUUCACCAAGAUCUCCAGCUGGAGUAGUGGCAGCACUUACUUCCACAUGGCACUGGGAAGCCUGGGCCAGGGCAGCCGGUUGCUCUGUGAGACCUCUCUGGGCUACAAGAUGGAUGACCUGCUGACCUCCUAUGUACAGCAGCUCCUGAGCGCAGUGAACAAACAGCGGGGCUUCAGGGCCCCAGCCCUGGCCAACCCCUAACAGGUCUCAUCUGCACACAGCCUUCCAGGCUGGUCUCCCAUCUGCUUCUCGGCACACCAGACUGUCUCGCCUGGGUGGUCACUGCAGAGGCCAGCUAAGGUCUCCCGCCUCCUGGCAGGUGGUGGGUGGCAUCCCUGAAUUCACAAUAAAGAUUCACCUAGCGA